AUGAGGAUUCCCUCUGAGGAGCAUCUUUUGCUUUAGCUACCGAUUCUGUAAAAUAUCAUCUCCUUUUUCAAACUAAAAUAAUAUUAAUUUCCUGCUUCACAUUCACGAGGUCCACUCAAAAUUAUUACCCGCGUUUUUAAGAACUCUGCAAAUCACUGCCUCAGUGCCUCUCUUCUAGUUGUACUACCUCUCAUAAUUCACUUUCUUCCACCUCUCUUCUUCAAUUCUAAGUUUAUUUUCAUGGAAACCCCCAAUUCCACUCCUAUAGAUUGAAUCAUUUUUGGUCCACUUCAGUUUUUGCUGUAAAAUCUAUCUGACACAUGGCAGCUUAUGCCGCUUCAGUGUCUUCAUGGAUCCCUGAAGAUGACAUCCUGUUAAAGAACGCUGUAGAGGCAGGUGCUUCUCUGGAAGCACUUGCUAAAGGCGCAGUGAGAUUUUCCCGCAAGUUUUCCAUAGCAGAAUUGCAACAUCGGUGGCAUUCUCUCCUCUAUGACCCUGUUAUUGCAGCAGAAGCUGCUGCUCAUAUGGCAGAGUUUGAAUUUUCUGCUGCUAAUAAUCAAGCAAAGUCACUUAGGUCGGGUGCUGCUGGGGACCAUUCAGGAGCUCCUCCAAAAAGGAAAGCCGAGAGUGUUCGAAGACUGUAUUAUGCCUUGCGGAAAAGAACUUGUAUCCAGUAUUUGAACUCUCCUAAACUUGGUUUUUUGGCUUCACCAAAGAUGAGUGAUGGUAUUGGAGAUGGUACUGCUUAUCAAGAGCAUGCAAGCUUUCAAUAUGAUACUCCAGUUGAAAGUUCCAUGCUUGGAGAUUCUGUCCAGAACUGUUUUGAGUUACAGGAAAUGGAUAUAGAUUACUUGCAUCACAGACCACAAGAUAAUAAUUUCAUUAAAGAUUCAGUAGGGCAUCCCAUUUAUGAGCAGGAAAAUGUGCAUGAAGAUUCAGCACAUAAUCUGGGAGAGAGAUUGAUUGGCUUUGAAAAUUGCCCAGUUGUUGAGGGAAUGAAACCCUCAGAGGCAUUGAUAGAAAAUGAUGCUCCUUUUCAUGUAUUGGGAUAUUCAUCUCCACAGACUAGGACACCUCUCUGGAAAACAAUGGAGUUUAUUCCACCACCUGCAAUGCCUAUCAAUAUGAGCCAUGGAGGUGAAGGUCAGAGUUCAGUAGAGACAUAUAUACUUCCAGAUGACAUGAAUGAGAGGAGAAUAGUUUUACCUACCAACCCAGAAUUUGAUUUAGUGGAUCUUUCAGACUCUCUUUUAAACUUUGGGAAUGAAGAGGAGCUUCAUUUCAUUGAUGCAGACGAGAAAAACUCAAUUGACAAGUCUUGCCAUGAUAACUUUAAUCCAAUAGUAUUGAGUUCUCCUCAUGACAUCCAUAGAGAUGAUGUACCUGAUGUUAAAGAACCUCAUACAUGCCUUGCGAUGCCUGAUGGUUCAAAUCUUGCAGAACUGGGGGUUAUUGCUGAACAAUCAAGUAUGAGUCAUGGCAAUCAACAUAAUAUUUUUUGUUCAGAAGUUAAUGUACCAUCAUCUAUGUCAAUACCCAAUCCUCCAUCUCAUGACCUGCUGGAUGGGGAGAUAUUCUGCACAUUGAACAGUGAGGACACAGAAAUUCCUUGCAAUGAUGAUUUUAUCCCAAGUAAAGUAGUUGCUUCUUUGGCUUCGCAAACAAGUUAUAAAGGGGCAAUUGAACUGGCUUCUUCCUUUGAUGCUCAUAAGGAUCGUGAACAAAAGCUAGGAAGAAUGAAGAAACACAACAGUUCUACACAAUAUUUUACUGCUUCCCGCACAAGAGUAUCAGACAUGUUUCCAGGACCCAAGCACAACCCUCGACUUUGUAGUACAGGAGUCAAAUCCAAGUCUACUGAUGUUGACAGUCUUAAUAGUAUCUCCAAACAGGCUAACAAUGCUCAUGAAGAUAUUAUCCACUACAGAUCAGCACUUUCAGCCCAAACAUCUCUUACCCGUGCAAGACUGAAGGAAAAGUCGCAACAUGCAAGUUCUGCUUCAGAUGUAUUGUUACAUGCAAAAUCUAGUUCCAGUAGAAACAAAAUUCCUGAACCAGAAGCAAACCCCUCAACCUUAGAUCCAGAAGCCAGGCUGGAUGAAGAAGAAUAUGAGAGUGAUGAUCACAUUCCAGACUUUUCCGAUAUUGAAUCAAUGAUACUGGAUUUGGAUUUGUGUCCAGAAAAUCUUGAUACAUGUUUUAGUACAGAAGUGUCAAGGUAUCAACAUGACGAUACUAAGAGGACAAUCAUUAGAUUGGAGCAAUGUGCUCAAUCUUGUGUGCAAAGAGCAAUUGGAUACCAAGGGGCACUUGCCCUCCUGUAAGGACGCCAUUUGAAGCAGUAUAU